CUUUAAGAGGUGGGGAUGGGCCGUUGCUAUGCCAACGGCUGCAAGCGUUGUAAGGGUGGGGCACCUCGGGUCGACGGGUACAGAAGAACCCAUCCCCAUGGAGACGGCUGCUAAGUUCCUGAACUGCAUCGGGCCAGAGGAGCUGGAGCGCUGCCUGUUCGCCGAGACACUGGCACUGGUGGCAGCGGGGGGACAGCUGCAGGGACACCUCUGGGUGACCGCCCGACACGCACCCUAUGAGCGGGAGGGCCAGCAGGUGCGGAGCUGCCUCCUGCUGCAGGCCGGCUCCCAGGGGCUGCUGGAUGGCGUGCCGUAUUCCUGCAGCCUCACAGGGUAUGUGUCUAUGCAGCUGGAGACACUGGAGCAGGAGCAGCACGAGCGCUUGGAGUUUGGAGCACAUCCCAUGGAGAGGAAGAUCCACAUGGUGCAGAACCCACAUGGGAUGACCGCCACCGUCACCACCCGGGAGGGAGAGGGUGUCCCAUGGGGUGUCCCCACAGGCAGAGCAGCAGCGCCAGGUGUUCUCCUACGGCUGGGCCUCGCUGGAGGGGCUGCUGGGGGAGGCCGCCAGCCUGCUGCUGCUGCGGGUGCUGGCGUGCCGCCGCACCGUGCCCCCCAGCAUCACCUUCCCGGCCAUCGACAAGGAGGGCCACCUCUGCACUGCCACCUACUGCUCCCUGGGCAUGCAGCAGCAGCCGGUGGGCUCGGCGCAGGCAGAGGUGUUGGUGGUGGAGAGAGCCCUGCACGCUGCCCAGGGCAUCCCGAUGGUGUGGCACUACAGCCUCCUCUCCAGCGGGCACUUGGCUCGGCGGGUGCAGGUGGGGUGCCCCGUGGUAGCAGUGCUGCAGGAUGCACCCACACUUGGCAGGAUGGGUGCGGAGCCCCAGCCCCUCUUCCCAAAGCAGCUGCUGGACUGGGAGGAGGAUGUCCAGCUGUGCUCCUUGUUCCUGGACAGGAAGGCCUUGCUGGGUCCCUGAACCGAGGCCAAACUGACCCCAGCAACAUCCCUGUCCCCCCGCGUCACCCCGUCCCCCAUGCUCAGACCUACCUGGAUGAGCUCAUCAGCAUCCCCAAAGGCAGCGCGCCCGGCUUCAGCUUCAGGAAGCUGUGGGCUUUCACCGGCCCUGGCUUCCUGAUGAGCAUCGCCUACCUGGACCCGGGCAAUGUGGAGUCAGACCUGCAGUGCGGAGCCGUGGCCGGCUUCAAGCUGCUGUGGGUGCUGCUGUGGGCCACAGUGCUGGGACUGCUGUGCCAGCGGUUGGCCAUCCGCCUCGGCGUGGUGACAGGGAAGGACCUGGCAGAGAUCUGCUUCCUCUAUUACCCCAGGGUGCCCCGCGUGCUGCUGUGGCUCAUGAUGGAAAUCGCCAUCAUCGGCUCAGACAUGCAGGAGGUGAUCGGGACGGCCAUCGCCUUCAGCCUGCUCUCAGCUGGACGCAUCCCACUCUGGGGUGGGGUUCUCAUCACCAUCACAGACACCCUCUUCUUCCUCUUCCUUGACAAAUAUGGGCUCCGCAAGCUGGAGGCUUUCUUCGGCCUCCUCAUCACCAUCAUGGCUCUGACCUUUGGCUACGAGUACGUGGUGGUGCGGCCAACGCAGACGGAGGUGCUGAAGGGCAUUUUCCUGCCCUACUGCCUGGGCUGCGGGCAGGAGGAGCUGCUCCAGGCUGUGGGCAUCGUUGGUGCCAUCAUCAUGCCCCAUAACAUCUUCCUGCACUCCUCCUUGGUGAAGACUCGGGCGAUUGACCGCUCCAAGAAGGAGGAGGUGCAGGAGGCCAACAAAUACUUCCUGACCGAGUCCUGCCUGGCUCUCUUCGUCUCUUUCCUCAUCAACCUCUUUGUCAUGGCCGUCUUCGGCGAGGCUUUCUACCACCAGCGCAAUGAGGACGUGCAUAACAAGUGUGUCAACAGCAGUGUCAGUCGCUACGCCAACAUCUUCCCCGUCAACAACAAGACAGUCUCUGUGGAUAUCUACCAGGGGGGUGUCAUCCUGGGCUGCUACUUUGGGGCUGCAGCGCUCUACAUCUGGGCCGUGGGGAUCCUGGCGGCAGGGCAGAGCUCCACCAUGACAGGCACUUAUGCGGGACAGUUUGUCAUGGAGGGCUUCCUGCAGCUGCGCUGGUCCCGCUUCACCCGGGUGCUGUUCACUCGCUCCCUGGCCAUCCUGCCCACCCUCUUCGUGGCUGCCUUCAGGGACGUGAGCCAGCUGACGGGCAUGAACGACCUGCUCAAUGUGCUGCAGAGCAUCCUGCUGCCCUUUGCCGUGCUGCCUGUCCUCACCUUCACCAGCCUGCGCCCGCUCAUGCAUGACUUCGCCAACGGUCUCCUGGGGCAGGUGCUGAUGUCCCUCAUCACGGGGUUGGUCUGUGCCAUCAAUGUGUACUUCGUGGUGGAUUUCCUGCCCACGCUGCGGGGCCUGGGCUACCUCAUCCCCCUGGGGCUGCUGCUGGUGGCCUACGUGGCCUUUGUCGCCUACCUGCUCUGGACGUGCAGCAUUGCGCACGGAGCACGGUUCCUGGCCAGGGGACGCUACAACCGGUUCAGCUUCGAUGUCGCUGUUGACGGGCCGGGGGUGGCAGGGCCGCAGUGAUGGGCUCUGUCCCCCACACAGUCCCCUGCUGCCGUACCAAGCCCUGGGGGGGUGAUGCUUUCUGGGAAGACACCCCCAGCACGGAAAGGGUUAACAGCCCUCAGGUGGUUUUGCCUCUCCUUCGGUGGUGCUGGGGGGUAGGGGGACGUGCCCCCACCUGUGUGCAGCGGUGGAACGGCACGGGCCCUCCCCUGCCCGUUAGCGCCGGGAAGCGGAGGCUCCGCUAAUUACCGCCGGGACCGCUAAUUACCUCCGGGCGCCACAGGGAGGGCCCGAGGGGAGCCCGCUCUGCCCGUCUCGCUGCGGGCGGACCCAGCCCUGGUCCCCCCCCAUCCCCCGAUCCCAGAAGUGGCGACACCCCCUGGCUGUGCCGGCUGGGCCCGGGGGGGCUCUCCAAAGGGGCUCCGGGGCCGGACGGGGGCUGAUAAACGUGACAUUUGUAACCCA